AGGAGUCGAGGCGGCCGCCCGGAGCCCACGAGAAGCCGGAGCAGCCCUGGCGCAUGCGCAGUGCCAGUGACGGAAAUGCUGGGCGGGGUUUCGUGGUACGGGUCCCAACAACAGCUCGGCGCAGCCAAGAUGGCGGACCUGGGCAAGAAGUACUGCGUCUACUGCCUGGCCGACGUCACCGGCCUCCGCCUCCGCUGCACCGAGUGCCAAGACAUCGAGCUGUGCACCGAGUGCUUCUCGGCCGGUGCGGAGAUCGGCAACCACCGGCGGUGGCACGGUUACCAGCUGGUGGACGGCGGCCGCUUCACCCUGUGGGGACCGGAGGCGGAGGGAGGAUGGACGAGCAGGGAAGAGCAGCUGCUGCUGGAUGCCAUCGAGCAGUUUGGCUUUGGGAACUGGGAGGAUAUGGCUGCUCACGUGGGGGCUUCGCGGACGCCCCAAGAAGUGAUGGAACACUACGUCAGCAUGUAUAUUCAUGGAAACCUGGGCAAAGCGUGCAUUCCGGAUAGUAUUCCCAACAGAGUAACUGAUCAUACUUGUCCCACGGGGGGACCCCUGUCCCCCAGCCUGACGACACCAUUACCCCCCUUAGACAUCACUGUGCAAGAACAGCAGCAGCUAGGCUACAUGCCCCUUCGUGAUGACUACGAGAUUGAAUACGAUCAGAAUGCCGAGACUCUAAUCAGCGGCCUGUCUGUGAAUUAUGACGACGAUGAUGUCGAAGUAGAACUUAAAGAAUCCUGCGUGGACAUGUACGUCCGGAAACUGAAAGAGCGACAGCGGAGGAAAAACAUAGCACGGGAUUACAACUUGGUGCCGGCGUUUUUGGGAAAAGAUAAAAAGGAGAAGGAGAAACCGGUGAAAAGAAAAAUCUCCAAGGAGGAGAAGGAACUGCCAUUAAAACUGAGGCCACUCUUCCAGUUUAUGUCCAGCAAAGAAAUAGAGGACUUCUUCGAGAACAUGCACAAGGAACGAAUGUUGAGGGCAAAGCUUCGAGAGCUGCAGAGGUACCGCAGGAACGGCAUCACAAAGUUGGAGGAGUCCGCAGAGUACGAAGCUGCCCGACAUAAGCGGGAAAAGAGGAAAGAGAACAAAAACACUGCCAGCUCAAAGAGGGGCAGAGAGGACGGUAAAGAGGGAGAAUUUGCCGCCAUUGAAAACCUCUCUGGCUUUGAGCUCCUUUCGGACAGAGAGAAGGUGCUCUGCAGCUCAUCGAACUUAAGUCCCACUCGUUACUUGACGGUCAAAACUAUUAUCAUUAAGGACCACCUCCAAAAGAGACAGGGAAUUCCCUCCAAGAGCCGCCUGCCCAGUUACUUAGAUAAAGUUCUAAAGAAAAGGAUUUUAAAUUUCCUUACAGAAAGUGGCUGGAUAUCCAGAGACGCCUCUUGACAGUUUAUACAUUAUAUAUUUUUUUUUAAAAACAGAUAUAUAUAUAUAUAAUAUAAAUAAGACUUGUACAGAUAAUGA